GAGGCAAACAUGCUCGUUUUGUCGAUCAUACUCUACCCAAGAAAACACAGGGCCUUUUGUUGGUUGCCAAUUUCUCAGCCACCGAUUAAAGAAAUCAAUGAUUUUUUGAUAUAAAAAACCUGACGAUAAUAAGAGACAGAUUUUCGUUUUAUGUUAAAGAAAGGGAAAAAGGGGUUCCAAGAGAAAAAUAAAAAAAUAAAAAUAAAAAUCGUUGAUUUUCAUUCCUGGACUGCUGUCUGUCGCUUUGAUAUUCUGUUUUCGGGAUCAUCAACCUUAGAAGUCAGCAGACCAUCAUGUGGGCUGUAUCUGAUGUCAAAUUGCAAUUUCUGUCACCAUUCACACAAAUAUAAUGCUGGUGGUAUUGCUGUAGAAGGCCAAUAUGCUCUUAUUUUUCUAUAGCAGAGGAUGAGACCAGAGAAUCUAGAAUCCAGUGUUCAUGCCCCUCUGCUACCCGAGGUCCAACCAGUUGAUGAUAAUACGUCUAAUGAAGGUGGAUCGAUUUCUGGUGCGAUAUUCAACAUCUCGACUGGCAUGAUCGGUGCCGGGAUUAUGUCGAUUCCCGCAACUUUCAAGGUUCUGGGCGUAAUCCCGAGCUUUAUAGUGAUCUUAAUCAUCGGUUUCUUCGUGGAUGUCACUGUGGAGUUCCUAUUGAAAUAUACCCAGUCAGGCGAGUCUAGUACCUAUGGCGAGUUGAUGGCCGAGUCAUUUGGAAAGUUUGGAUCUAUUGCACUUCAAGUUUGUGUUAUGAUUACCAAUCUUGGUGCUUUGAUAAUCUAUUUGAUUAUCAUUGGAGAUGUCCUCUCAGGAAACAAAUCUGAAGGGUCAUUGCACUUGGGCAUCUUACAGGAAUGGUUUGGCAUCCACUGGUGGAACUCGCGUGCAUGCUCUCUUGUUUUCAUUGUACUCUUUGUUCUACUUCCGUUACUCCUUUUCCGGCGCAUAGAUUCCUUGAGGCAUGCCUCAGCUAUAUCUGUGCUACUGGCAGCAUUUUUUGUUGCCAUCUGCUCGGUGAUGGCAAUACAUGCAAUGUGGGUCGGGAAAACACAAAGACCAAGGCUGGGACCGGACUUUGCAAGUGGUGUCUCAUUUUUUGACCUCUUUACCACCAUUCCAAUCUUUGCAACAGCCUUUGGAUGCCAUGUAAAUGUUCAUCCUGUCAGAGCAGAGCUUGGUAGACCUUCCGACAUGAGCUUAGCAGUCCGAAUCUCUCUAGCGCUAUGUGUUGUAAUUUACUUUGCUGUUGGCUUCUUUGGGUACUUACUGUUUGGGGAUUCAAUCAUGGCCGACAUGCUUGUGAACUUCGAUAAAAUUUCGGAUUCCCUUGUUGGUACAAUUCUCAACGAUACAGUAAGGUUAAGUUAUGCAAUUCACCUCAUGCUGGUUUUUCCUGUGAUGAACUACUCAUUAAGGGUUAACGUGGACGAAUUACUAUUUCCUAAGAGACCUGCAGGAAGUGUGAGAUUUUUAUCUCUUACGUGUGUUCUACUUGGAUUCAUGUACUUGGCAGCAAUAGCUAUUCCGAACAUAUGGUAUUUCUUCCAGUUUAUGGGGACAACGACUGUCAUGUGCCUCAUGUUCAUAUUCCCGAGCUCAAUCAUUCUUAGAGAUGUGCAUAGUGUAUCUACCAGUCGGGAUAAGGUAUUGGCAGUAUUGGUGAUCAUGCUAGCUGUUGGGACUAGUUUGGUUGCCAUUUUCUCAAAUCUCUCCGAUUACUUUGGCAAAUAACUUUGAGUGUCACCGGCCACUAUCUCUAGGAGCGGAUUGAUGUUGAACGAGCUUAAUUUUCAUUUCUUUAAAUCCGUUGUAUUGGAAGAAAUGAUUCUUUCUUAUGGCAAUUGAUGUUGAUCAGUUUUUAAUUACUUCAGAAAUUUGGAGGAACGUCCUCUAUUAUGUUGUUGUAGUCAAUGGAUGAUUUGUUUUGAAUUUUAUAUUUGAACGGAGCAAUGCUAAUUAGCACCGCUAGUGUUACAACACCAA